AUGCCUAGCCACCCAAGUGAAGAAAGAGCACCAGAAGGCCUCACUGACAAAAUUGCACAACACUCGUCAGACUCGAAUGCCUCUGAUCACCCCAUCCAUGAUGAGAAUAAGGGUCCAAUAGAGGAAGCAGGCGGCCCACUGAAAUCAAAGGGCCCCCAGAUUCCCGAGGGCAAAAUGCCAGAAGCAAAGAGCAAGGAUGAGCUACACGCAAAGGCUGCUGAGCUCAACAAAUGA